CUACAUCCGUGAUGUGAUGUGGUCGCGAUCAACGAUGGGGAAACUGGCGUCGGUCUAGUUUACUAAGUUGAAAACGCAAUUGUUGAUCACAGAUUUCGACAGAAAUUCAAAGGAUCUGAUAGAAUUGAUGGUGGAUAUGAUGGGUCAAGUUAACGUUAAGCUCUUAGUCAGGUUUUUUGGAAAGAAACAACGGUAUGUUCAUCGUUAGGACUCGCGGUUGUAGCCAUGCAGGAGACGAUAUAAGACAGUAGGACAGAUUUAGACAAAGUGCAGGAUUUUAAUGAAGACUCGCACCGGUACCCUGACAUGAACAUGUAAAUUUUUCGAGCCUCGAAACCAGCCUCGCUUAUGAUCAUGCCGAGUCACAGUCGUGAUGGAAGUUGCCAGGAAACAACACGUUAACUUAACUCUGCCUACAUGUUUUCGCUUCCAAUAUCAUAUAACUUUAUUUUAUAAAUUCGCCAUGCAGAAGUUGCAGACGGUAUUUAAAACUGUAUAAAAUGAAACAACAGAAUGAUAUGUUUAAUGUUUCUCUUUCAUAAAUUGAUGAAAUUCUUGUUUGUUUACAAAAUAAACUGUAUAAAUAUCCUGCUGCGUUUGUUUCUGUUAUGAUGUCAUUGCAGUGGCGGAUCCGGGGUUUACGAAAGGGUGUGUGUGAAAGUCAAGUAUUAGCCAAAAUACUCAGCCAUUUUUGGUGCCAAUCUGGAAUUUUACUCACACUAUUUCUAUUAUUUAAAUUUGUGGCGAGAGGGAGAGGGGCUAAAUCCCCCACUGCAUUGCAUAAACAAGAAGCCAGGUGAAAAUACGGGAACAGACUUUUGAAGCGGUGAUUGUAUUUAUACACAAGAACAAACUGAUCACGUGACCAAAUUCAUGUCACACGAAAUUGAACAUCGAUUUCAUUAGUAAUGUCAUAUAAGGAAGUGCAUUGGCAAAUGUAAAUAUUAAAUGAUGACAUAUCGGACAGACAGAAUAUUAGAAAGUGUAUAGAACCAUAGACGUAAAACUUUUACGCGUAUGAUAGAACUAACUGCGCACAGUUCACUCCUUCGUUAUGCUCUUUAUGACGUCAUAUUGAUCAAGACGCUACAGAUUUUGACACUAACAUUAUAACGUCAUAGUAGGGCAGUGUGACGUUAUAUUUUGCGUAACCGACACUCGGAGUCAAAAGUGUAACAUGCACCCGUGGAGCCAAUAAAAAUAAUGGAUUAAAAAUGAUAUCGACUUGAUGGUUUAUACAGGAAAUCAGGUGUCCAAAUGGAUGGCAAUGCUCCUUUCUAAGGUCAUCAACCAUGCCAGUUUGUGAUCAACUUUCAAACAGUUUAAUUUGAAGAUCAGUAGGCAUCGAAAUAAAUCAAGCAAAAUGGACAAUUCGACUGGAAUAAUUUCUAAUACUUCUAGAAAUAUUUAUCAGACACUAGAAGAAGUCAAUGCAUCGAAAGCUGAACAGCGCCUCCCAACGGUCAUCUUCCUCGUCUUUCUGAUUAUCGUAGGACUGAUUGGAAACACAGUGGUCAUUGUUGCAUACUCCCUGAAAUACCCACCGUCCACGUUCAGACUGUACAUCCUAACUCUAGCUGUGCUUGACUUUCUCUCUUGCCUCAUCCCAAUGCCCCUUGAGGUCGUUGACAACGCAUACCCUGUAAUGUUCUAUAACGAGGAGUUCUGCAAAAGUGGACGUUUCUUUGGCAAUGUCCUAAAGAUCGGAUCUGCGUUUGUUCUUGUUGUGAUGGCGGCCGGUAGAUACAAAAAGAUUUGUCACCCAUAUUCAAAGCCCACCCCGUUGCUGGUGGCGCGUCUAUUAUGUGCAGCAUCAAUCGUCCUUGCCAUCGCCCUUUCGUGGCCUAACGCAAUCAUACAAGGAAUAAAACACGUGUAUCUCCCGGGGAACAUCACUGGCUUUGACUGCUCUAUCGAUGACGUCAUUCGGGGUACUAAAUACCCCUUUAUCUACUCCACCACUUUGUUUGUCGUGUACGUUAUAGUGUUUUUGUUGCUGACUGUACUGUACAGUUUGGUAAUUUUCGCCCUUCAACGUCAUGCCAAAAAACAAACGACUCGGAACCUCAAUGAAAGACUAAAUAAAUUGAACCCCAGAAUAACAAAACUCAUGAUUGCAAUAACAGUGGCAUUCAUUUUGUGUUAUUUACCGAACUGUCUUCUGGAUGCGAUUUCCACAUUCAAAAGAGGAAAUAUUUUCCCACCGAGUCCCAUUGUCUUGGGAACGCUUCCGCUUUUAGCCAGAGCAUUUUUUAUCAACAAUGUUAUCAAUCCUUUUAUAUAUUUGAUAGGAGAAUCCAAAUUCCGCAACAUCGUGAAACAAUCUUUGAGAUGGUUGUAUUAUACUGUUUGCUGCCCUAAAGAAAAACAAAAGCAAAGAUUUGCCAUAACAGAGUCAUUUCGCUUAACGGAGGUUAAAUCGAAUGAUUCUGGCUAAUUCAUGAUGAUCGUCAAAUACAUGUUUCAUAAUAUGUAUACAGUGAUGUUGGUUGUUUCUGAACACGUGGGGAUUGUUCAGCUUCGAAUGCUAUUAGAAGUAUACGUUGUUUAUUGGAGAAUGUUCGUCCUGUGGCGGGUUUUUUUCCUAAUGAACAAUAUCAUCCCGUGUCCGCUAAAGCUAUCUGAACGUUUGAUAUUUCGUCAAUGAAGAAAACUGCGAACUAAUACGAAGGCGAAAACAUGCAAUAUACAGCGUCUUUAUUCACUAGAGUAUUCGUUAUGUAAUGGAUACAAAGUUGCAGUACUAAAAUGCUGACACCAGUGAAAUAUCAAUUUGAGACAUCAUCUCCCAGAUAAGGUCAUACGUUAAGAUUGCUCUCCUUACGCUGAUGAGCACAGGGCACUCCGGUUUUGAGAUAGUUGUUUUGUAUCGGUGACUUCACCUACUUCCGGUUUCCUCUUGUUCACUUAAACAUUGUAUAUACAUGUACGGAGUUUUUCUGCAUUUCAUGUAGUGUUAAGACAUGUUUAUGGACUACGACUGUGUCGUAAUAUAAUGCUGCACACUACAUUUAAACAGACAUGAGGACAGUGUUAAAAAAAAAAAGAUAUGGAUAGAACGUCGCUAACAGAUACAAAUAUUGAUAAACAAGUUUCGUUAAGGCAAUUUUAUUGUUAAUCUCCAUAAAAGUUGAAAUCAAAAGCCCUGAAUGCCAUAAUUCAUAUCUAAUGAUAUUUCUUAUAUUAAGCAGCGCGGUGUAAUUAACGGUUGCUAAGAUGCAGAAAACUAAGUACUAAUUUAAAGUUUGUUAUUGUUUGACUUUUCCUUAUUUGAUAGAGCACCAUGCUGGACCGUGUUCGCGUCUUGUUAUUUUCGCUUGCUGUUGUACAAUGAUAUACGAUUUUGACCCGUUUUGUUUAGAGUUAUUAUAUAUAUUGUCCAGUAUUUGUCAUGUUUUAAAUUUACCUGAAGUAAAAGAGAGCGAAAAGUUG